AUCUUUGCUGUCAGUAGGACUAGUAAAAUCUUUCAAAUCAUGUUUUUGGACCCCUGGACGCUGUUUAGCUUAACCAAACUAGAGUUUUUUUUUCACAUUUGUGGUGCUCGAGUUGAUGGCAUCCAACAUAUUGGCGACGUGUCAGGUACCUGCUCAAAACAGAUGUUCUGCAUAAACAUAUCAAAUCGCUCCAAUCUUGAACCAAACAAAUUUCAAUUCAAAAGACGCGAUUCCUCGCACACGAACAUACGCAUCGGCGCGGUCGUAUCAUUCAAUGCGUUCACGCGUGCUUCAGUAAACGGCAGCAUUUUCUCAGAUAAGACUGUUUGUGUUUCAUUGAGUGUUUCUCAGCAAACGAUAGUUUGUUAAUUUAUCGGUGUGGUGUUUGGUUCAUUAUUCACGUUCCAGAAUAGGAAUAGCAUUAUUAUGCGGUACUUGGAAUCAUUCGGAGAACACGUGAAAUAUGGCACAUUCUAACACACAAAACAGCAGUCCCAAAAUAACAGGAAUGAGCUUCUCACGAACGGAGGGUGUCAUUUCAUUCGACGCCCAGCAGGAUUGCGAUGGCGUUCGGUGGGAAGAAAACUGUAAAACACUGGUCGGUAGCAUACUUGCGGGGCGAGACACGAUUGUGGUCACUAAAAAGGAUGAUCUAAUGUCCCUGAUCAGUGGCGUCGUUCCGUCGCAUGUACGAGAAUCCGUGCGCCAGAACAUAACGAUAAUCGAUUCAUUCACACCAAAGACCGUAUCGGACACCCUUCAUCACGCAACUAUGGUCCGACAGAUUCCACUGGAGGUGGCGGAAGAUCUUGCCGUCAGUGCGGAGUUCGUUUUCGGGAAUUUGUGGUUUCUAAUGCCAUCUGGAGGAGACGUCGAUAAACAGCAAAUAAUUGAUGACGUUUGCAAGCUUACAGAGUACGUUUCCGACGCAUCACCUGCCAUGCGACAUGAGGCAAUCGCAUCGCCUGCAAUCUUCGAUGGACUGAAAAUACUAUGGUUGAAGCCUGACGAAGAUGUUUACCAAAGAAAGUGUGCAACUAUGUUUGGAUAAAUAUAUUUUUGAAAAACUUGUUUUCAUUA